CGGCCCCACAUUUAAGAGGUUGAGGCCGUCGUGGUCGGGAAGGCGGUGUGGACCAGCGGCUCAGCGAAGGAGCAGCGGGAAUAGCUGACGUGGGUGGAGCGCCAGGCCAUCCUUCCUCCCGCCCGGAUCCGGCCGCCGGGCCAUAAAGUCGCCCCAUAUGGCCAGGGGCGGCCCCACACCCGGGUGCGAACAACCCGGGGCCCCCGAGCCUCGCGUGCAGACACUUUAUCCUGAAGCCUCCGAGCGUUCCCGCAUCAUUCUGCAGAGGGUCAUGUUCUUGAUUUGAGGAGCCUGCGAGAUAUAAGGUGCAAGGCGGGCUCGGCCUCGGUCCACACCAGGGUCCGGAGGAGCGAUGGUCACUCGGGAUCGAGCCGAGAAUAGGGACGGCCCCAAGAUGCUGAAGCCGCUUGUGGAGAAGCGGCGCCGGGACCGCAUCAACCGCAGCCUGGAAGAGCUGAGGCUGCUGCUGCUGGAGCAGACCCGGGACCAGAACCUCCGCAACCCGAAGCUGGAGAAAGCAGAGAUACUGGAAUUCGCCGUGGGCUACUUGAGGGAGCGAAGCCGGGUGGAGCCCCCGGGGGUUCCCCGGUCCCCAGCCCAGGACGCCGAGGCGCUCGCCAGCUGCUAUCUGUCCGGCUUCCGCGAGUGCCUGCUCCGCCUGGCGGCCUUCGCGCACGACGCCAGCCCGGCCGCCCGCGCCCAGCUCUUCUCCGCGCUGCACGUCUAUCUGCGCCCCAAGCCGCCCCGGCCGGAGCCGGUAGAUGCGAGGCCCCACGCGCCGGGCCCACUGCUGGACCCCGCCGCCCCGGCGCCCGGCCCCGCGCUGCACCAGCGCCCCCCAGUGCACCAGCGCCCCCUUAGCCCGCGCUGCGCCUGGUCCCCGUCCCCCUGCUCCCCGCGCGCGCCGGCUCCCCUCACCGGACUGCUGCCGCCGCCGCCGCCGCACAGACAAGACGGGGAGCCCAAGGCCCCGCCGCCCCCGCCGCCCGCCUUCUGGAGACCUUGGCCCUGAGCUUUGGGGGGGGGGCGGGGGUGGGGGCUGGGGGGGAGGUAGAGACUCCAGCCCGAGGGCAGCGGAGGGACCCGGGCGUCGGGGCGAGCGGGUGUUGGGGAGGGCGGCGGGGCGCGCGGGCGCAGCGCGCGGGUGAGAUGUGGUCUAUAUUAGAGUAUCUAUAUAAAUAUAUAUUUCCCUGGUUUCUGUCCCUUUUCCCUGCCCCCCUUGCGACUAGGAUUGUACUCUCUCUGCCCCCGGCCCAGACCCAGCCCCUACCCCAGUCCCUAGUGCAUGGAAUAAAGUGGUUUUAAAUCCC